CAAAAAUUGAAUUAAAAGUUUGGAAGCACUGUUGCAUCCUGGGAUUUGUAUUCAAUAUGGUGGACGAAAUUUUAAAAUUUUGUACAUUUCGCAAAGAAUAUUAGAAAUACACUAUAUUAGAAUGAUAGUGGAGAAAUAUAAAACCCGAUGAUGAGACCUCUAGCACACAAGUGGGAACUGGGAUGAAAAAUCUGUGCGAUUUCACUUCUGAGCUACCAACUAUGACAAUGAAAAGAAAAGAUUUCCAAAAGGCAGCAUCUUUCAUCCAUGAGUUCCUGCUAAAGCUAUCUGAAGAUAUAGAAUGUGCGGAACUCCGAGACUCUCUCAAUCUAGCACUUCUCCAUAUGCAAAAGUACUACCGUUCAUUACGACUACGCUCAGCAGAUCGCGACCAAAAUAUGAAUCUCUCUGCUUCUUUAAGAGGUCUAAGUCCCAUGACACCUUUCCGUGACGCUCCAAGUAAAUUCCAAUGGCGGUGGAUGAGUCUUGAAAGUCAGAAAAUCGCUACUGGAAGUCUACCAAUAGAUGGAGGGAAAAAUUUGAUGACAUUGCCAUUGAUUAUACAAGCUGCCAAAGAGGGUGAUGAUGAAUUAAUUAUACAGCUUGUAGAAAAAGAUGGCGAUAGUUUAUUUGAAGUUGAUGCUCUUGGUCGUACAGCUCUGAUGUAUGCAGCACAUUAUAACCAGAAAGACACUUUAGAAAUCCUUCUUGAACACAAUAUAGAUGUCAAUGCUGAGGCUAAUGAUGGCUCCACUGCUGCUCAUAGAGCAUGUCACGAUGGACACACAGACAUACUAAAACUGCUGCUGGAUUACUCUGCGGAUGUUUUACUACAGGAUACUCAGGGUCGUGCUCCGAUACAUUGGGCAUGUUACACUCAGAAAACAGACUGUUUAAGAUUGCUAAUUGAAAGAGGGGCGAAUGUAAACCAGCGGGACUGUGAAGGCCUAACCCCCUGUAUGUGGGCUUGUAGAUUAGACCAUAUAGAACAUUUUGAAUUAUUGAGCUGUGUGGAGAAUCAAGAUAUAAAUGAAAUAGAUGGUAUAGAACGUGACAAUAAUGGACGCACAUGGAUGCACUGGGCGGUUAGACGUACGGAGCCCCUGGAGUGUCUUAAGACCCUCCUGACUCCAGAGACAUCUAGGAUUAAAGACAAUGAUGGGAAGACAGUUAUGUUACAUGCUGCAGAACAAGGCUCUCUCCCUGCGUGUAAAGCUGUUUUGGAGAUCGCCGGAAAGGACUGUUUGCGUGACAAAGAUGAUAACAAUCGAACGCCUCUACACUUAGCUGCUAUGUCGGGUCAUGGGGAACUUAUCAACUUUCUAUUAGAGGAAGGAACUGAUCUCAAUUCAAGUGACAGUUUUGGCGCAACUGCUACGGACUACGCAAGAGGACGCCAGUUACAUUACUCGCUGUUGAUACUUCAGUCACAUCAGAGGCAACGGGAAAAAACAUGCGAGUCUCCGUCACAUUCGAAUAACCAGAUCUAUAAUGGUGGAAAUGGGGAUGGGUUACAUCAGUCAAACCAUCAGCACCCCCAGGUGGUUAUGUACCAGGGGAACAAACCUAGGAACCCAUCCAGGCAGCUAGAUGCCCCUGUGACACCUAGGGGUGGAGGCCGACCCCCCAUGGCACACACUCAGGGCAAGUUUACCCCACAGGAUGAAGGAAGGGAUGCCAUUAGUGCGGGACACAAGAGGUCGCAUAGUCAGCCUCAGAUAUCUCAGGAAAAACAUGUAUCAAAACCAAUAACAACCGAAGCAUUUGUAACAACAAACCAAAGUAACCAUGACAAUGGAACAAAACCCAACAAAGAUGACUGUGAUAUUGAUAAAGAUGAAAACCGUUCUUGUGAUGAAGACCAUAUUGCCAAUCAAGAGGAGGAUGAAGGAGCCGAGUGGCCAGGGAAACAAGUUCCUGAGGAGAAACAACAGAAUAUAUUGAACAAAGGCACUGAGAUAGAACUCCCAGAGGACUUUGACGAAAAUGAACACAGUAUCUCUAUUGGUGCAAUGGAUGUGUCAGAUGUUGAAGAGCCAGCCAAUCACAAUAAAGCUCAACCUGUCAAUCAAACACAUAAGCUCCACCCACCUAGUCCAAGAUCUCAAAAUAUGCAAUCUCAAAAACCAAUGCAGGCACACUAUAUAUCUACUGAAGAAAAUUAUCAAGAGGAAGAACAGCUGAUGGAACAGCCAAAUAAUCAUGGGGAGGAAGAACCUAUGCAAGAACAUCCAAAUGAUGAACAGCAAAGUUUCAAUGCUCAAAGUCAAGCUUUAUCUAGUCCAUCCAAUACUUCUUUGAUGUCAACUGCCAACCCCUUGGCAGCAAGUCGCCCUUUCCCGCCAGCAAUUCUAGCUCCACUUUCCCCAGUCAGUAGUCAACAGGUGGCUAACAGCAAGCCACACAAGAAGAAAAAGAAGAAGAAAAAGCAGCGAGAAUCACUCGAGGAUCCUGGGAUGAUACCUCCUCCACGGGGUUAUACAGCACCAGUCCAGCCUCCAAAUAUGGGCGUAUCACCAAUUAUGGGUGGUACAGGAUUUAGGCCUUCACUGAUGGGUAUGUCUCAGGGUGGUAUGUUCAGUCCCACUGCACCAUUGGCUCCCCCUCCGAUGGGACAACCCCACCCAUCUGCUCCAUUAGCUUCACCCCCGAUGGGAUCACCCCACCCCCCAUCUCCACCAACCUCCAGGAUUCCCUUAUCACCUUGGGGCCCAGGAGGCGGUGGGAACCGCUCUCAAGGUCAUAGACCCACCUUGUUUAACCAGGCGGGACCCAGAGGUAUGAGAGCCCCGUCCCCACCCCAGGGGGCCCCAUACCCACCCCAAGGCCAACCAGCAAUGAGGCCUCCUACUGUUGAUACUCAGGGACCAUCAUUUACAUAUGGAGGAAAUAACAGGGGUGAUUAUAAUGACUCUCAAGAUUUUGAUACAGAUGAUCCUCCGAGGCCCUCUGCUCCCCAACCCCCUUAUGGAGGCAAUAUCUCCCGUCCCCCUACCCUAGGGAGUUCCUCCGGGGUUGGACAAGGGGGGAUGGCACGUCACAAAAGUGAGGAGAAUUUGUGUCUGUCCCCUAAAGAAGGCGAGGAAGUCGAUAGUGCAAUGAACCAAUCAGAAGAACUCACUUCAUUAGGUCUACACAAAGGUGGUCUUCGAAGAAGUCCCAGCCCAGGGGGACGUAGCACCCCUAGCCCCAGGGGGAGGCUACCUAGUCCUAUCCCCGGAGGUUCACAUCAUGGUGGUGUGUCCCCUACCCCCAAGACACCAUCACCCAGAGACAGCAAUAGGCCAAACAAUAAUAAUGAACAGGGAAGAAUGGUAAACUCCCAGAGUAAACCAGGAAUGACAGGACUUAAGAGACCGCAAGCCCAGAAGAACAAUUCAGGGGUAGUGACACCUAUUGCUGCAAAUAGAAAACAAUCAAAUAUGAGACAGUCAACACCGCCACCUAUCCACCAGCGAUAGAACUAAACUUGACACGUUUUGUUGACAUAUUUGAUGUGUCAACGUGGAUUGUUAAAAUGUCACUUUGAAGUGUCUGCUAGACUGAAAAAGUGUCAAAAAAUACAAUGGCAUUGACAUAUUGACAUGUAAUAAUGACACAUUGAAAUGUAAACUUGUCACAUUGAAGUGUCACAUUGAAUGUCAUAUUGACACAUUACUGUUUCAUUUUGACACAUUGAGAUGUCAGCCAGAAUAUGUGAUAGAUUUAUUUAUUUAGAGAUGAAUAACAGAUUAUUUUACUAGAUUAAUUUAACACCUCGGACUGAGUAUAUAUCCAAUGUACACUCCUCUCCACAAAUUUGGCAACCAAAGUUUUCAUUUGAUAGCAUAUCAAAGCUUGUUUGAA